CAAGACGACAUCUGACAGUCAUCAGUCAAUCGUUUUCGGUGUAAUCCAACAACAACAACAAUGAAGGGUCUCGCGUAUUCGGUGUGCGUUCUCGGGCUGUGCGCCUACGCGUUUGGCGCGGACGACAAGAAGAAAGAAGAAGACGGCGCCGACAAGACCCAGAACAAGAGAGGCAUCUUCGACCAGGGUUACGGUUACGGUUCCGAAUAUGGCUACGAACACGAGGUGGGCGGCGGCGGCGACUACCACCAUCACGACCACGGUAAGGUCCUUUCCAAAACCAUCAUCAAAGAAAUAGCGCAACCCUACCCCGUCGAGGUCAAGAAACACGUGCCGUACCCCGUCAAGGUGCACGUUCCCGUGGACAGGCCGUACCCCGUGCACGUGCCCAAGCCGUACCCGGUGCACGUGGCCAAACCCGUGCCCUACGAAGUCAAAGUCAAGGUGCCGCAACCGUACACCGUCUACAAGCACGUGCCGUAUCCCGUCAAGGUGCCCGUCGACAAACCGUACCCGGUUCACGUGCCCCAACCCUACACCGUGUACGUCGAGAAGCGCGUCCCGUACGAGGUCAAGAAGCACGUCCCGUAUCCCGUGAAGGUCCCGGUGGACAGGCCAUACACCGUUCACGUGCCCGUCGAGAAACACGUCCCGUAUCCGGUGGACAAACCAGUGCCUUACCCGGUCAAGGUUCCCGUCGACCGCCCUUACCCGGUCACCGUAGAGAAGCACGUCCCGUACCCGGUGGAGAAGCCGGUCCCGUACACAGUCGAGAAGCACGUGCCUUACCCCGUCAAAGUCCCAGUUAAAGUCCAAGUACCAGUUCCUUACGAAGAACACCACGACCAUCACGAAGAACAUCAACCCGAAGAACAGUCUUAUGGAAAAUACGAACAUGAAGAAAGCGGAUAUUAAACAGAUAUUAUUUUAAGACACCUAGUCCUUACCUUGUAUUAAGAUAGAAAUGUAUACUUAUAAAAAAGAAUUUUAUUUUUAUAUGAUUUGAUUUGUGCAUUAUUACGUUUUAAUUUGUACAUAUACUUAUUAAAAAUAUAUUUAAGCAUUUUUUUUUACA